AUGGCAAUUCAAGGUGGUAGAGGUCUCACCAAAAAACAUCAACCGGUCCAUGAAACUAUGACCAUUGCUGCCUUGAUAGCAUCUAAGUUUCCAAUAUUCGAAGGAACGACAUACAAAAACGCUCCCAAAGAGAUCAAGGAGUUUGUCCGCGGUUCUGUUUGGAACGACGACCCAGGAUGCCUAUUAUUUGACGAGGACCCACACGACAAUUACAGGCUUAGUACUGGAUUCAAAUGGGGGAAAGAGUACAAAUCUGCAGAGUGGGGUCUAUUUGGCGGGCAAAGCCUUACAGGGCGAUCCCACUUCGGUGACUUGCAGUUCCUCCACGCCAUGGCUGCGCAGGAAAAAGAAGAGCCCCAGGAAACCAAGUCAAAAAUCAUGAUGUGGCUGGAAAUCAUGUACAAGCUAUCAGUGGGCGACCAGGGUAUCCAUGAGAACACGAGACUCGACCAAAUCGAUGCUUCCAGUUCUUCUCAGUACCAACUUCGAAUGUUUUUCAAGGACGACACUUCUCCCAAUGGCGCAGAGACACUGCGUGGGUUACUCACUCACAAUACGCAGUAUGAAGACACCAUGAUUUCACGCCGAGCAUUGGGCAGCUGUUUCCAUAUCAUCCAAGACUCUUAUGCCAGAGGGCACGUUAGACGUUGGCCAUUGAAUGCCGGAGAACUCGAAAGUCACAUGCCCCUAAAGAUGAAACCUGGCGUAGCAGAUCGCUGGGGCAAGAUAGAAAACUUCCACACCUACAGAGGCCAAUCCUCAGACCAUGGCCAUUACGACCACAGCGACGUUCAAGUCGAAGAGUGGGGCAACCUUGGAGAUUUGGACAAGUUCAAUGGGAUGAUUGGAGUACGUGACGGUAUUGAUGCAUGCAUUACUCUGGCGAACUACUGGCAUGAUCGGGUUGCUUGGGAAAACGGAGUGCAGACAUGGUUGAGGGAUACUGUUUUCGCUCUUGCUGAAGAUGUAACUCGGGCGAAUCAUGAAGUGUAA